AUGGAUACACUUCAAAUUCAUGCAGGUACUAAGACUUCAACAGUAUUAAAUAAGUCUGAGAAUGAAACUGAUAUUAACCAAGAAAAUUAUUUUAAUGACAGUGUAGCUAGUGAUAGCAUAUCUCAAUUGCCACUUCCGAUUAAAGCAUCGAUACCUUCAGAGGACAUAGAAGUACUAAAAACGAAGCUUGCUGAGAUGGACAAAGAAAACAAAAAAGUAAAAGAGCGGCUUGUACAAGCAAAAACAGAAGUUGCUAGUCUACUUACUUUACAUGAUGAUAUGAAAGAAAAAAAUCAAACAGAACUAGAAGAACGCAAGAAAGAAAUCGAUAUAAUGCGUCUUGAACAAGAAGAAAAAGAACAAAAAUGGCUUCAAAUCGAGAAACAAAUCAAGCAGAAAUAUGAAGAAGAAAUACAGUCACAUUCACAAAAUAUGUCCGUCAUCAUUGAAGAAGUCACUACGCUAAAUGAGAAGCAAAACAGUUUAGAAGAACGAAUGCAAACACUGAAACGCAAUGAAGAAACCAUUAGAAAUUGUGAAUAUUUUGGUUUUCAUUCACAAAUCAUGCAUGACUUCAUACUACCAAAAUUCGAUUUACUCAUUAAUUAUAUAAAGGAAAGUGUUCCGAAUAUAGAUGAGUAUUUCAUUGAUAAAAUACCUAAAUUAACAUUUGUAGAAAUCAAUGAUGCUACAUAUGCUAUUACUCUCCGUGGCUUUCCGGAUCAUCAUACAGCAUUUGUAGCUGCCCGAGAUCGAAUAUUCAAUCUUUCAAAUUCAGUCAAUUCAGCCAAAGAAUUUUAUCAACGAGACAUAAAUCGAAUUAUUCGAUCGAUAACUAGAACAUUGACAACAGUUCAAGCAGAUACAAACAUUUGGAAACAAUAUUCUAAAAUUCUGACUCAAGUAUUAGAGGAAAAGGGCAUCGAAUAUGUCAAUAGAUUUAAUGUUUAUAUAAAAGGAAAAGCAAAAACAUUAAUUGAACGAUCCAUUCUUGGCACUUCAACUCCUCCAUGGAUUGAGCUUCGAAGAGAUACGGAUGAUUUUCGAAAUGAAUAUCCAUUGGUAAACGAAAUUGAAGGACUCAAACAUCAAGCACUUGACGAAUUCAUCAAACAAAACAUAUCAUUUCAAAAACUGAAAUUCGAUCAAACUCCAACAACAAAAUCUAUAAUCACUAUUAAAGAGUUUGUCAACCAAAUCCAGCUUAAAUUUAAGACAGAUAAAAUAUAUGAAGGUUAUCAGAUGCAUCAUUUCAGUUUGAUACCAAACUUGCUACAACAAAUAAUGAUCUAUUAUUCGUGUUUUGUGGUACAACUACCACUUUUCGAGUCAUCACGAGAAUUAUUAAGUAAGAUCGACAAAAAUAUUGUAACAACAAUAACGACAUCGACUGGAUCAGGUAAAAUGUGA